ACCCUGCUUUCUGGGAGCCUAGCAACAGAAGCGACCUCCGGGAUUGGUGUCUGGAAGAAAUUCGCCAUUCUCAUUGCACGAUGGAGUUACCGCCCACACUGAAGCCGAGAAAGCAAAUCUUUUUGCUGUAUUAUUAUUUAUUUUAUUUUUAAAAAAUUUUUUGUUGAGACAGGGUCUUGCUCUCUCACCCAGGAUGGAGUGCAGUGGCACGAUCUCGGCUUUCUGCAACCCCUGUCUCCUGGGGCCAAGGGAUCCUCCCACUUCAGCCUCCUAAGUAGCUGGGAUUACACGCACGCGCCACCACAUUCGGCUAAUUUUUGUAUUUUUUGUGGACACAUGGGGUGAGAGGGCGGCGGGUCUUGCCAUGUUGCCCAGACUGGUCUCGAACUCCUGAGCUCAAGCGAUCCACCUGCCUCGGCCUCUCAAAGUGCUGGAACUACAGGCGUGAGCGACCGCGCUGGGCUAGGACAGCAAAUCUGAGUGAAUUUUCGUAGUUUCGUAGGGAACCUGGAUUCUACGCAACAGGAUCUCCUCAAAUGGCUCAGGCGGCUGCACUCUUCUCUCUGUCCCCUUGCCACACACACACACACACACACACACGCACAUAUACAUACAUGCGCGCGCGCGCGCGCGAAAAAAAUUAGCAGAUCUCUUUCAGCCUUAUGCCUGAGGCCAAAAGAGAAGGGUUCAGCGUCCUAAAUAUAACACAAAGCAUGUGCCCAACCCCCACCACACACACACACACACACCUCUAUCCUGGAGUUCUUCCACAAAAGCCUCAGUUUCCCAAUAUGUGGACUGUGGGCAUCUGUCUUUUACUACGCCCGCCUAUGACUGCCGACAGACAUCCCUCUGUUCAUUCGGUGCCUUGGAGACCCAAGGGUGCAGCCCUGGGUGGGGUCGCAGCUGGAGACAGCCCAAACACACAAGGAGUGUGAGCCGAGCACAUGAAGAGAGGGGAAGGGAGACAAGGCACCCCGCACCCGCAGGACCAGCCUGGACAUGCUGGGUGCUCCAAGGUGGGGCCCUACCCACACUGGGUGCUUCCUUGGGAGGAGAGGGGAAGAGAGAGAAGGAGAGGGAAUCCCAGUUCUUGCAGCCACUGGGAAUCAAGAGGCCCAACUCCGUCUUGGUCUUCAAGCAAACAAACAAACAACAAUGGGCCGUGGGAAGGGUGAAUGUGGGUCCAGACCCGCCCCUCCUCAGCUUCCUAUAAAAGCUGGGGACCAGGUACUGCUGAUACACACACCAUGAGGCUCUCCAGGAGACCAGAGACCUUUCUGCUGGCCUUUGUGUUGCUCUGCACCCUCCUGGGUCUUGGGUGCCCACUACACUGCGAAAUAUGUACGGCGGCGGGGAGCAGGUGCCAUGGCCAAAUGAAGACUUGCAGCAGUGACAAGGACACAUGUGUGCUCCUGGUCGGGAAGGCUACUUCAAAGGGCAAGGAGUUGGUGCACACCUACAAGGGCUGCAUCAGGUCCCAGGACUGCUACUCCGGCGUUAUAUCCACCACCAUGGGCCCCAAGGACCACAUGGUAACCAGCUCCUUCUGCUGCCAGAGCGAUGGCUGCAACAGUGCCUUUUUGUCUGUGCCCUUGACCAAUCUUACUGAGAAUGGCCUGAUGUGCCCCGCCUGCACUGUGAGCUUCAGGGACAAAUGCAUGGGGCCCAUGACCCACUGUACUGGAAAGGAAAACCACUGCGUCUCCUUAUCUGGACACGUGCAGGCUGGUAUCUUCAAACCCAGAUUUGCUAUGCGGGGCUGUGCUACAGAGAGUAUGUGCUUUACCAAGCCUGGUGCUGAAGUACCCACAGGCACCAAUGUCCUCUUCCUCCAUCAUAUAGAGUGCACUCACUCCCCCUGAAAAGCUAUCUGAACAGAGGAAGAUACAUGUAGUGUGAAGUCCCCAUUUGUCCUCAGCCUGUAACUCCCCGUGUGCCUAUAAAGAAGUUAAUAGAGCAA